GCCCUGCGACGCCGUGACGCAACGACGCGACGCCCCUGGCCGCGCAGUGCCUUUGCUGCAUCCUCCGCCAUUUGCAGUGGCGUGCCGUCCGUUCCCGUGGGUCCCGUGACCAAGUGCCUGUGUGUGACAGUGUCCAGUGCUUGUGGUGGUGCUUGUGCUGCAGUGUUGUUGGAUAUCCGUUCGGCGCCGCAGUCUUCGCCCACGUCGAUCGACGGUCGACUGACAGGUGGCAGUCCGGAUGUGACGGCUUCCCGCCCCCGCCCCUCCGCCAUGGCGCGGUGCUCGGGGAGCUCGGGGAGCUCGGGGAGGUCGCGGUGCGGGGCCUGGCUGGCCGGCGCGCUGGCCGCCGCCGUGUGCCUCACCGCCGUCUCCGCGCACGUCGCCCUCACCUACCCGCCCGCCCGCAAGUACGACCUGGACUUCCUGGACAACUCCAGGACGCGCGGCCCCUGCGGCAUGCCCAAAGGAUCCAUCAAGACGACGUUAAAGACGGGAUCGGCCUUCAACGUGACGUGGCACCUAGCCUACCCCCAUCGGGGCGGGUACAAGCUGCAGGUCCUGGACAGUCUGCAGCGGCCGGUGCUGGACCUCACCCCCGUCACCAAGGACUCUGAGUUCGUGAGGACCGAUGUCACCGCGCAGUCCUACGGCAUCCAACUGCCGGCCGACUUCGUGUGCAACGACUGCUCGCUGCGGCUGCUGCGCCAGGCCGACGAGUGGUCCAGCAACUACCGAUUCUGGUCCUGCGCCGACGUGGACAUCCGACCCGCCAAGGACUUCAAGGAGGACUGCUCGGGGCACGGCCGCCACCUGCUCGGCAAGUGCCGGUGCGACCGCCUGUACUACGGGCCGCGCUGCCAGUUCCGUGACGAGUGUAUCGACAGCAGUGACUGCGGCGACCGCGGCCGCUGCGUGGACGUCCAGGCCACCAGCGCGCCCAGGAAGCAGUGCUACUGCGAGCUGGGCUGGUUCGGGCCCGCCUGCACCAAGCGCUCGCCCGUGCGCUCCAUGGACCUGGACUACGACUCGUACACGCGCCGCGACCUGAGCCCCAACUUCCGGCUGUACUGGCGCAUCCUGCGCGACGAGCAGGAGAUCGAGGUGGUGAUGCGCGUCAACGGCACGAGCUACGCGGGCCUGGGCUGGCGGCCGCGCUCCCUCACCGCCGCCUGCAGGAACUUCCCCUUCCUGGAGGACCCCGCGGGCACCGCCACCCCCACGCCCACCCUGCAGCCCAAGAGCGAGCCCAACGCCGAGCCGGAGCCCGGCAGCGAGCCGGAGCCUGAGGGCACUGCGGAGCCCAGCAGCGAACCCGAGCCCAAGAGCGAGCCCGAGCCCAGCAGCGAACCCGAACCCAAGAGCGAGCCCGAGCCCAGCAGCGAACCCGAGCCCAAGAGCGAGCCCGAGCCCACUAGCGAACCCGAGCCCAAGAGCGAGCCGGAACCAGCUGCCGCCAAGAAGGUGAAGAAUGUCUCGUCCAGAGCGACGCGGGGCCACGCGCCCGGACACAACGCAGAACUGCUGGCGGACUCCACCGUGGAGACGAGCGUGUCUUUCCGAGUCAGCUCUAGUUCCAAGCACAGUAGCAGAAGAUCAAGGCGUGAGGCAGCUGAGGGCGCACCUGCUCCGGAGCCCAGCGCUGAACCUGAACCUUCUUCAGAGCCAGAACCAACUUCCGAACCCGAACCCAAAUCCGAGCCUGAGCCCAAAUCUGAACCCGAACCUACCUCUGAGCCAGAGCCCAAGUCCGAACCCGAACCAACCUCAGAGCCUGAGCCGAAGUCUGAACCCGAACCCACAUCAGAGCCUGAGCCCAAGUCCGAACCGGAGCCUAAAUCUGAGCCAGAGCCAAAGUCCGAACCAGAGCCUAAAUCUGAGCCAGAGCCCAAGUCUGAGCCUGAGCCUACAUCAGAGCCUGAGCCUAAAUCGGAGCCUGAACCAAAAUCAGAGCCUGAACCAAAGUCGGAGCCAGAGCCUAAAUCUGAGCCUGAACCAAAGUCCGAGCCCGAACCUAAAUCUGAGCCCGAACCGAAGUCCGAGCCUGAGCCUAAGUCUGAACCUGAACCCAAGUCUGAGCCUGAGCCCAAGUCUGAACCUGAACCAAAGUCUGAACCUGAGCCCAAAUCCGAACCCGAACCUAAGUCUGAACCUGAACCAACUUCUACGCACAAAUCCAAACCUCAAGGUGAGCCUGGACACGGCACCAAAGCAUCAACAGCCUCAGGUUUUGCUAAGCAUCCUUAUGCGCCUGCUCAUGAUUUCAACCCCAUGGAUUGUACUGACAUGGUCAUUGGUAUGGCUCGAGGAACUUCCAGUCGCAUUUGGGAUUACUACACUCGCGACAGAUCAACGCCAAGGUUUGACACUUUCUGGGGAGGCAAGAAUGACCUUACUGCAGCUAUGGGCUUUGAAAAGGAUGGUGUAACAACCAUUUUGUUCAGAAAGAAGCUUAUCGCCAAAGAACCAACUGACCAUUCUAUUGAGAGAGAUCUCAUGCACGUUAUCUGGGCUAAGGGUCAAGAGGCUGGAAAGUAUGUGCAUCUGCCCAAGUCAGGUCUUGAAAAGGAGGCUGCGUCUGUUAAAGAGUUCUACAAGGCAGAUGAACUCAAGUACCACGGACAUGGAUCUCAGCGAGGAGUUGCUUCAAUUAAUUUCUUCGAGGAAGCAAAUCGAGAGCCAAGCAAGACAGGUGCCACUGAGGAUGAAGACAUCUGUGGUGGACAUUGGCAGACUCCCCGCAACUGCAACCCCGCAAAGAAGAACUGUGAAUACUAUGCCAAAUGGGAAUACUUAGAAAAGAAAGACGAAGUCAAAUUUACAAUUCAGACAACUCACACUGAUCUCUGGACGGGAAUCGGUUUUUCAGAUGAUCAGAAAAUGUCUCAAACUGAUGCCAUCCUGGGAUGGGUUGACAAGAGUGGGCGUGCGUUUGUAAUGGACACGUGGAUCUCUGGGUACACCGCUCCCCAACUUGACGUGUCUCAGGACGUGUACAACACUAGUGGUAGCAUCCGAGAUGGAGCCACUACCUUGUCCUUUGUCCGCAAACGUGUUACAUCUGACACUAAGGAUAUCUCGCUCUCAGACGAGAAGUGUGUCUACUUCAUGUUCCCAGUGAAGGGUGGUGCUAGAAAUGAUGUCAACAAGAAAAUACGAAAGCAUGAACAGGUUCCUAGUUUAUCGACGCAGAGAGUCUGCAUCAAGUCUUGUGGAAAGGGAUCUGGUACUAGAUACACAACCACCCCUGCUCCUCCAAGAUUAGCCUACAACGUCAAAGUCAAGUUGACUAAUUUGGGUGUCAACUUCCAAACUCCCAAGAGAGGUACACCCGAUUUCGAACAAUUAGCUAACACGGUUGGCACUGGAUUCAGUGACGUUUUAUCCAAGACACCUGGUUUCCACAACCUGGAGGUUGAUGACUUCUCAGAUGAGGAUGGCCAGAUUGUAGCCAGGAUGAACCUGGUGUUGGAUAAGGCGAGUCUCAUCGCUGGUCGGUCCUUAGAAGCAAAUACGGAUUCUGCUGCAAUGGCGGCGGUAGCCGGGAGCCAGGCAGAGCGUCUGCUUCAAGAAACCCUGGCCACAGGGAGGGUCGGUGCCUUAACUGUAGAUCCACAGUAUUUGGUGUUCGAACCUCAGAUGCUUACAGCAGAUUUACCGAAUGAUGACUCCAAUGACGUCCUUCUCUCUGCAACAAAGUUGUACAUAGUUAUAGGUUGCAUUGUAGCUCUAGUCCUUGUAGCUAUUAUUCAAGCGGGAUGUACUAUCUAUCGCACUGCCAAGAGCCCUUCACCCCAUCACAAGGAGCACCUGAUCCCCAGCUCGGCGUGGCGGGACUACUCGGCCGCCAACACCAACUACGCGUUCGAGGCCUUCGAGUCCGAGGAGAAGCCCCCGCAGCCCGGCGGCCCCGGCGCCAGCUCCAACGGCUCGUCGCGGUCCAACGGGGGCCGGGACGUGGUGGACGGCGCGGGGGGUGUUGGGCGGCCCCGCGGCCACGGCCCGCCCAGCUACGGCCACGGGGACUCGCGGUCCCUGCAGAGGCACAGCCAGGGCCCGGCGCCGCGCGGCCACCACGCCGGCCACCACCAGUACCCGCCCGAGCGCAGCACCUACUCGCUGCCUCGCACGGCGCACGGCCCGCCGGUGCCGCACAACGGGUACUACACGCAGGACCGGCGCAGCCACAGCGGGGCCCACGGCGGGGCCAACGCGCAGGGCGCGGCCAGGGAGCUGCAGCCAGACUUCUACUUCAUGCCCUCGCAGCGCAAGUACUCCGGCGAGGUCGUGCGCGUGUACGUGGACUACAACACGACCCCCCGGAAGUAGCGCAAAGUCAUCCCGCUUUAGUUAAUUUGUUUUCCGUGCCAAUUAAGUUAGUGUCGCCUCGCGGCGCUCUCCGCGCGGCGGGCUGUUAGUGAUAAACGGAAUGGUGCGGCGUGCCGGUGCGCAAGGCGUUUGGAAAAUCCAAAGAACAGAACCCGUUUGGAAGCCUCACGUGGACUUUUGUUCUGUGGUUCUUCCCCACCCUGCCGGCACUUUUAGUUCCCCUCCAUUGUGCCUAAUAAUCUAGGAACGGCAACUGAACGUGUUAGCUUAUCUGUACGAAGAAAGACAAAUGAGGUAUUGUAUGUGUGAUAGGAACCUUUUGGAGCAGGGGUAUGACAGGGGUUCGUGUAUGCUGUGGACUGAGAGUGGAAUGUUAUGUGUGGAUGAAUUUACCAAUAAUAAAACUAUGUUCGUGCUCAAUAACAGUAUGUAAUUGUGUAAAAAAUGAUUAUAAACUCUAGCAUUUUUUAUUAUAUUUUUAAUGAUUUUAAAUGAUUUGUACAGUUUAAUAGAUUUUUAUGACAGAUUUAAGUCUAGCUAGAAAAUGUAUAUGAAGACAUUAAAUGAGUAUGAGUGUUAAUGCAGUUCUUGUUUUAUUUUUCUAUUAAAUUGUUUUAACAUGUGAGACUCUUCUUUAUGUAUUUUACAAACUGCAGAGAUAACGCAUGUAUGUAAAACUGUCACCAAACAUGUGAAUUUAUUUUGUCUCUUAUGUACAUAUAUUUGUCCUGUACUAAUCAUGUACAUGUAUUGUUUCCAUGUAUUUGAGUGCAAUCAACUGUCUUCAGGUUGUUUUCAAGUUGUUACUGUUAACCACCCAACGUGGUGAAAAUAAACACAAUUUGUAAGAACUCAUAUUGUGUCACAAACAAAAAAAUUACUUUAAUCUGGAGUGUGUUAAACUUUAUUUAUGAAAGACUUGUCCAUACUUAUCCUGCGCACUGUACUUAAUAAUGUGAGGAAGUACUUAGCUAAUAAGGUUGUUUAUAUAUGAUGUGUGACUGCCUAGUUAUAGAAUCUGUCCUCAAUUAUCUGAAAACCUCAACAACCGUCGCUACCAAAUUUCCUUCGUUUCUCUGGUUCCAUUUCAAUUUUCCGAGAGUCUUUUUGCCUUUAUGAAGCCCACCCCAUUCCUCUUAAUUUAUACUACGAGUUUGCCCAUUAAGGCUAAAGUUAUCAGUGAAAUGAGUAAUUAAAUAAUUGUUUUAAGAAUA